AUGGGAAUUACCAAUGAUGCAGAGACGGCUUGCAAUCAGCCCCUAGACAAGUUCAGACGCCCCGGUGUCAACUUCACGCUCUGCCCAGGCUGCAAAAAGGCAGCGACCCAGCAUCUGAUCCGCGAACAUGCCCAGCCAUGUUGGUUCAGCACCACAGGCUGGCCCAAGAUCGAACGCUCCCUGUACCUGAAGCAGGAAGACGGUUCUUCCCACUCAGCUGAGUUUGAGAACAUCGUCCCCCAUAAAGUUAGAUCGUGGGUGCAACGGCGCCACAAGGAACUCCAAGACGCUGGCAUCUGCUUCGACUCGUACGACAAGCACAGCACAGGCUAUCGCCUCAUGUACGCGCCGUGGUCCCGCGCCUUUCUCCUUGAUGAGUGGGAUGGACAGGACCUUUCCCAGAAAGGCGCAGAGCUGCUCUUGGCCAAGUACGGCGAGCCCCCGAUAGUCGAGGACCACGACGAUUUCGAGGUCGACAUCCAAGCCUCCGAGUCUGUCUCGAACGCCGGCGACAACUUCAUGGCCACGAUUGAAAUGCUCCGCGCCAAGAUCGACGAAGGGACUCAGCAACUCAUCGAAUGGAACGUGAUGAUUCUUCAGAUAUACCGCUUGCUGAUUGAAGAUGAGGACUGCGAUGAUGAUAGGCAGGGGCUGAUGGGAAUCUUGGAUCAGUUGUUCGACAAGCGGCGUGAGUUGGUGUGGGAGAUGAGGGAGACAGAGGCAGAGCUCGACGAUGCUUAUCGAGAGCUUUUUGGUCUGGGGAAAGAUGUUUCUUAUCCUUUCCAAGGAAAGGUCUGGGAGGAUCUGCUACGGAGUGUUGUUCCCUUGCCAAUGAUCAUGGGCAGCAAGUAA